AUGCUUCUGACUGGGGUCUACUUAUACGUCUCUUCCAGCAUCCAAAGUUCGAAGACAGUCACAAUUAUCACAAUCGUUUCUUUUCUUUCUUUUUUUCAUAUAUAUCCACGCAAAGAAAAAAGAUUAAUUCAAUUUUAUUUUGUGGAUCUGUCCGUCCGCUCUCGCCUCGCCUCGCCUCGCCUUCACAACAGGCUUUGCCAGAUCUCUCGAUGGUUCAAGUUCCUCCGCGACAAUCGCGGAUUAUUUCUCAAUAUUUGUUACGGAGCAACAUAUCAAGCACUGACCCGCACCAUCACCAGUGCUGUGCAUGCAUGGGGGCCCUUCCACGCAACCCACAACACCGAUGAUAAUUGCCCGGUCAGUCACAGACCGUUACUCAUUCGGCACAACCAUUGUACUGAUUCCACUUACUCUUUGGGCUCGGGCUGCACCGCCCCCCUUAAUCGCAGUUUUAGUGGUAAUUCCUCACUAACACCAGGCGCUUCUUCGAGCCGCAAUUUACUCUGCAAUUGUGCUUACGGAAUUUCAUCUUCUUCUUCCCAUUCACUCAGUUCCUCUUCUUCCCUAAGCAAACGGUACACCUGUGCCUUUCUCCUUCCUGCAUGUUCUCUCCAUUUCUUCCGUUUGCUCGACAACCGAGACACGGUGGCCGGCAACAGGAGUUCGCCUUUAUCUAGUCGGGGUUGUUCUGUUUUGCGUGGCCUAACUUUCUCCUGCGAGGACAGGUUCGUUUUAGGUGAUCCGAUCCUCCACAUUGCCAACACUUUCACUCUUUACAACUGGCCGAAAGAUGCCCGACCACACGACAUGUCCAGCAUCUCAGAGGUCUUACUUGCACUGUGGCCACUCUGCCUCUUACUUUUUCCCGGGGGACCCAUUGGCGUUUCCCGGACCCUUUUCCUUCUCCGGGGGGUGGGUUAUCCCCAGUUUACGGUCCCUCUUCGCCGUACACCAUCGAGCCUUAUGCCCGAACUCGCCACAAAUUGUACAGUUCGGCUCCCGAGAUCUUGGAUCGCCUCCAUAAUCGGCCCGGUUUGGGCUUGA